AUGAAACUUCAGUUUACAGAUGAGGAAGCUGUUUAUCGAUUCUACAAGACUUAUGCAAUGAUGCACGAUUUCGCUGUGAGAUUGGAUGAAGUUAGACGCAAUAGCGAUGGUUCCGUUGUUUCGUUCUACGAAGAGCACUCUCAUGAAUUAGUUGAUCCACUCGAUGUUAGCAUGAUGCCUGAGUAUCGCACAUUCAGUGUAUCGGAUAAAGCUCAGGCAAAGAAUUUGCACGACAUAGGCAUCAGGACCUGUCACAUCUUGAGAUACUUGGCUGCUCAAAAAGGUGGAUAUGCAAACUUGUCAUUCAACCAAAAAGAUAUGUACAACCUCAUUACUCAACAUAGGAAGGAAAAGGCUGAUGGGACUAGCCGUAUUGAUUAUGAGUGCUUUGGGGAUGUCUUGACAUUUGAUUCGACUUACAAUAGGAAUGUCUACAAUAAACCACUUGUGAUAUUUUCUGGUAACAAUAAUCAUGGGCAGACCAUCAUAUUUGGUUGUGGUCUUCUUGUUAAUGAGGAUAUUGGUUCAUAA